GUCCGCCCAUCCGCUGGGUCCCAUUGCCGAUGGUGCACAUGAGUUGUCCGCCCGAACUGGGCCCUGGUGCUGUUUUCAGGCCGUAAAGGGCUCGGAUGUCUAAUCGCUGCAAGAUCCUGGCCACCACAUUCCCACUUCCGGACCAUGGUGGACAAAUAUCUGACGGUCGUCAAGACCGCGAUCUGACGGCUGAAAAGAAGCCCGUGCUAGGCGGGCGGGAACUGAGCGCCGUGGAACGCUGUCGAAGGCGUACUUCUGACAACCUUCGAUUCGAAUAUUUUGCGCCAGCGAAAAGCUCUACAGACCUUUUGGCGGUGUGAAACCGUGGAAACGGGGUGUUUCGGCGGUGAUGUGGCGAGCCUCAAACGCACCCUUGCAAACCUCCCGAUUACCACCUCCCCACCCCCACUGCCGGUACCCACGCGACAGCCUCUGCUUCUGUAGAGACGCAUAGGACAACAUACGACAAAAGCUCUCGGCGUGUAUUGGAGGCUACGGGCUGUGAACAUAACAUGUAUAACAUAAAUAACAUAUAGCCACCGUUUCGGUGCCGAGUUCGUUGGUUUCUAAUUGACUUGAUUGUAUUCUGUGGCUUAAUUAAUCGCCUCCAUCAGAUUCAUCACGAUGAGUAGCAUCGGGACUGGGUAUGAUCUAUCGGUUACAACAUUCUCUCCGGAUGGCCGCGUUUUCCAGACCGAGUAUGCGAUGAAGGCCGUUGAUAACAGCGGGACUGCGGUGGGGAUUCGCUGCAAGGAUGGGAUCGUAAUGGGAGUAGAAAAGCUUGUCAUCUCGAAGAUGCUGGUGGCGGGGUCUAAUCGACGAAUCCACUCUGUUGAUCGGCACGCUGGAAUGGCUAUGGCUGGUCUUGUGGCUGAUGGAAGACAGAUCGUGAACCGUGCAAGAGCGGAGGCUGCUAACUAUAAAAGUUUCUAUGGAGAUCAAAUUCCUGGCAAGAUUUUGUGUGAUCGGGUUGCAAGCUACACUCAUCUUUGUACGUUGUACUGGUGGAUCAGACCUUUUGGGGCAUCAGUGAUCCUCGGCUGCUAUGACAAGGAGGAACCGCAGCUGUGGAUGAUCGAGCCAUCGGGAGUCGCCUAUCGUUACUUCGGCACUGCUAUUGGAAAAGGUCGGCAAGCAGCAAAGACUGAGAUUGAGAAGCUGAAGUUGUCGGAGAUGACCUGCAGGGAAGGAGUGAUAGAGGUUGCCAAGAUCAUUUAUGGGGUUCACGAUGAGGCCAAGGAUAAAGCAUUUGAGUUGGAGAUGAGCUGGAUAUGUGAUGAAUCGAACAGGGAGCACCAGCUGGUGCCACGUGAGUUGUUAGCCCAGGCGGAGGCAGCUGCCAAGGCUGCACAGGAAGAGGAGGACAUGGAGGAUUGAUGGACGGAAAGCGGCUUUUGCUUAUCAUUGAGCUUUGCAGCAUUAUAGUUUUCUUGUCGUGUUCUUUCGUCUCGUCCUCCUCCUCUUCUUUUUCUCAAGUUCGUUUUACAGCUCUUUUUAGCAAUUCAAGCAGGAGUUUUGUUUUCCUUUUAGAAUAAGAACUUUGCCGCGUACGGGUUUCGCAAAUUUUCUCUUUUUUAAAGCUUUUUUCUCAUCGCCCCAAAUUUGCUGUUGUUAUCUGCUGCUGCUGCGGGUCGGUCUGUUUGUGUGUGUGUGUGUGGGGGGGGGGGGGCUCUAUGGUUACGAGUCUGAAAACGAAUCCAUUUUAGAGGGUCUUUUAAACAAUAGAGUAUUGAAUCAUUUUUUGUGUUUUGUUUUUGGAUGAAUCACAAGCUUCCGAGUUUCUCUUUUUUUCUCAUGGCCACAAAUUUGCUGUUGUUAUGUCUGCUGCUGUGCUUUUGUGUGGCUCUAUGUCUGUUAGUCUGGACUCUGGAAACGUUUCCAUUUCAGAGGGUGUUUGAAGUUUGAACGUUAGAGGGUGGGGAGGGGGGGGGCGGGUUGGCGUGAUGAGAUUGCGAUGAAUCAUGAAUCACAUUUUCAUUAUUUGGAUAUGCGUUUGGGUGCUGCACACCAUCCUUCGGCACCUCGAAUAUCAUUGUUGUUCAUUGGUGCACAAUUUCAUUGUUGAUGUUUUGUUACACGAGUGUUCUUGGUUGCACAUCGGCCUUUUCCGUCUUGUAGUUGCAACCUGCGAUUCUUCUGCAGGUAAACUGGGAUUUUUCUGCAGGUAAACUGGGAUUUUUCUGCAGGUAAACUGGGAUUUUUCUGCAGGUAAACUGUCUUGUUCGACCAAAAUAGCCGGGAAGCGGACCGGUGGAUUAAGGUGCCAAAAGACAAGCCGGUGUGUGCGGGAAAUGGAGUGUUUUUAACUGUUUUUGCUGGAUCCCCCAGCGUUUCGUGUCUGGUAGGCCCAGACUGCAACUGUGUGGAGCGUUAGCCGCCGUGUUGGUGAACAAAAUAUCUGGGAAACA